GCUUUAAACUCGGAGUUGUAACAUAAAACCGCUUUGUUUAUACACUCAACAGCUCUGUCAAUACAGUAUCAAGCACUUUAUGUCUGAUGAAAAAGUAAUUUUCAUUCAAGCAAACGGUUUUGGUAGUUGACUUCAUUCACAGUUUCAAAAGUUUUUAAAGCUGUGUUGUCGGUCACUUCAUUAACCUGUUUGGGGCGUUGCAGGUAGAUUUGCACCAGAUCAAAAGAACAACGGCUUAUGCAAGUCACGGGGCAUGGCUUUAAUGUCUAGGCCCAUGCACCUCAGAUAAAGAACAACAAACCGUUUGUAUUCAAGUUUUGAUUGCAAAGCCUGAAAGUUAAAUCAGUUUCAAGAUAAUGGUGUACCACACGGAUGCUUUCUUUCGCCAGAUAUCAUUUACAUAUGUUUAAGAUUGUGAUGGAUUUAUCUGCAGGGAAACAAUAACAAAAUUGUUUCUUCAGCAUCUUUACCGGUGACGAUAAUGUUGAAGGAUGCAUAAAUCUUUGGUUGCUUUCGUUUUGUUUUGCAGUAGUUUGUAGCUGAUCAACUCAAAGAAGAGCCCUGAGUCAUGUUUUCUUCAAAUAAAGACGAAUAAGAAGAUUGAACAUUGAAUCCUUGCUUGCAGUGAGACAAGUGAGACAAAGAUGGCUAAACCAAUUCUAACGAGCAAAAAUCUUAAAUAUUUUUUCAAAUCUGAGAGAAGACAUUGUGAUAUCAUAAACCUGAAGAUGGCCGACAGAAACUAAUAUCAGGUCUGAAACAAGACUAAGUUGCCUUCUUUCUUUCUCUGACCAGAUACACUUCCCUGAAUUGAUGCAACGUCACUCAGAAAGGCCUAAUUGCAACUCUUGGAGAAGUAACGAUAAAAAACAUCGGAUCUCAAUAAAAGGGCUCAAUCAUCAAAGAAUGAGGCAUUUCACAUUCAAACUUCGUUACUUCUUUGGAAUUGCACUCUUGAAUUGCAUUCUGGUAUCAAUAUUUCUGCGCUACUAUACUUGCAAUUUUGAAAAACGUAUUGCAACCAACAACAGUUCAGGAGAUGCGCGAAAGCCUAAGUCUGACAUUCUCCGUCGCAGUGAAAAACGCCGUUGCAAGCCAAAAAAUAACAUCGUAUUUCUCAAAACACACAAGACUGGAAGCAGUACAAUAACAAACAUCUUGAACAGAUAUGGAGAAUCUAGAGGACUGAACUUUGUGUUACCAAAGAUAGGACAAAACCGCCUUGCAUGGCCUUGGUCCUUUCAAAUGGAUUCGUUUCACCCGAUUAACGGAAGUGUACCAAACAUUCUAGCCAAUCACGCUCGAUACAACAGCAAGAUAAUGCAUAGUCUCAUGCCUAACGAUACGCUUUUUGUUACGAUUUUGCGAGAUCCCGUAACACAGUUCGAAAGUACGUUUUCGUAUAUGACACUAGACAAAAUUCUUGGAAUGGAUAAUUCAUCUGAUCCUCUGGAAAAGUUUUUCGUUGAUCCGCAGAGUGUGCUUGUGAACUAUGUCCUAACACAGGAUUUGCGAAUCAACAGCGAUCGUCUAAAAUUGAUUCGUAACGGGAUGUUUUACGAUUUAGGCCUAGAAUCGAAAGAUUUCGACAAUAGACACCGUAUUCGUGAAGCUAUUUCUCAACUUGACGGCGAAUUUGAUCUUGUGAUGAUGAAGGAGCAUUUUGACGAGUCACUUAUUUUGCUAAAGCGCUUGGCAUGCUGGGAUAUAGAUGACUUAGUAUACUUCAAUCAAAAUGAGAGACACACGAACUUUCAUCGGAAAAUACCAAGUACCUUGCAGUCGAAAAUUCGGAGAUGGAGUUACGCUGAUGUGCAGCUGUACAAUCAUUUCAACAAGACUUUCUGGAAGGUACUUAAAAGUAUGGGUCCAGAUUUUCAGGAAGAGGUUAAGUUACUUCGAUACAAAAAUACGAUAAUGAGAGAUAUUUGUCUUAGAAAAGGCAACUACACCAAAACAAUUAGUGAUGCAGCUGAUGUUAAACUUUUAAAGUUAAGAAAAGACAUUCCAUUUAUUGCGAGGACUAUGUGCGACCGAAUGACAAAAGACGAAGUUUCCUACCUUAAGGAACUGAGAGAGAUGCAAGAUCAACGCCUUGGCAAGCAAACCAAGAAAACUGGCUGGUCGUUGCUUUCUCCUAUAAACCGGCUAUUAACUUACUUGAAAAAAAGUACAAGGUAGCUUUGGAGAACUGGUUCUGGUUUCUGUAAAACUGCUUUCAACUUAAGGGCCAGUUUACAAAGUGUUCCAAGUCUUUUUUAUAAUUUUUCGAAAACGUUUUCAAUCAAUAACAGUUCGUAGCAAAUUUAGUAAAAUUCAAUAAAGUUUUCA